GGUGAUUCUGAAGACAGCCCAGUCACCAUGGCUUGUGCUACUAUUCAUGUCGGUUUUACUGUUCCUCAGUUACUGAGAGGUGCUAGCAGAAUUCUUCCCGCUCGUUCUGCAUUGGUGGUAUUGAGGCACUCUGCUUCUUGUUACUGCACAGUGAAUGGCACAAUAAAAUCACAAAGGAAAAUGGAUCAUCUGGAGAGGACAGCAAAUAAUUUUCGCCAGGAGGUAAUUUCACAAGCAAAAGUGUGUGGAAUCAGCAAUGAAUCAGAGACAGUCAAAAGACUUCGUUUGGCUAUCGCAAAUAAAGAUUUUACUUUCAAAGCAGGACAGUGGGUUGAUUUCUUUAUUCCUGGACUAUCUGUAGUUGGGGGAUUCUCAAUGUGUUCAAGCCCUGGCCUCUUGAAACGAGAAGGAAUAUUAGAGCUGGCAGUAAAGUACACUGAUCAUCCUCCUGCCCACUGGAUUCACACUGAGUGUACUCUUGACUCAGAAGUUGCCCUGCGAGUGGGAGGUGAUUUCUUCUUUGAUCCUCAGCCUGGUGACUCCCCUGUAAAACUAGUGCUGAUAGCAGGGGGUGUUGGAAUUAACCCAUUGUUUUCUAUACUGCUGCAUAUAGCAGAUCUUCAUGGAUACCAAGAGGGUAAAGGAAACGGAUACAAAAUGGGAACAGUGAAGCUGUACUACAGUGCAAAAAAUACAAGUCAACUCUUAUUUAAGAAAAACAUUCUUGCCUUGAUAAAUGCAUUUCCUGGAAAGAUCAUGUGUCGUUUCCACGUCACCCAGCAGAGCUCACCCAUCUGCAAAGAGCUUCAGCCACAUGUUACAGAGGGAAGAAUAUCUGAAAAGGAUCUAGAAAAACAUAUAUCUAAGGAUACUUUAUGGUACAUCUGCGGUCCACCUCCGAUGAUAGAAUCUAUAUCCAAACUGCUGUCUGACAUGGGUGUUCCUAGAAACCAUGUUUUCUUUGAGAAAUGGUGGUAG